CCAGCGGCAGCAGAAGCUGGAGCUUGAGCCGCGCGGGGCGCAGGAGCGAGCGCAGCCUCGUGCCCGACGCCCGUCCCCGCCGCCCUCAGUCUUGUCCCCGCCGCCUCUGCCGCCGCCGCCCCCGGGGCAUGGCCUGUCUGAUGGCCGCUUUCUCGGUCGGCACCGCCAUGAACGCCAGCAGUUACUCUGCAGCGAUGACGGAGCCCAAGUCGGUGUGCGUCUCGGUGGAUGAGGUGGUCUCCAGCAACAUGGAGGCCACCGAGACGGACCUGCUGAAUGGACAUCUGAAGAAGGUGGACAACAACCUCACGGAAGCCCAGCGCUUUUCCUCCUUGCCUCGGAGGGCGGCUGUGAACAUCGAAUUCAAGGACCUCUCCUACUCGGUCCCAGAGGGUCCCUGGUGGAAGAAGAAAGGAUACAAGACUCUUCUGAAAGGAAUUUCUGGGAAGUUCAACAGUGGGGAGCUGGUGGCCAUCAUGGGUCCUUCCGGGGCUGGGAAGUCCACGCUCAUGAACAUUCUGGCCGGAUACAGGGAGACCGGCAUGAAGGGGGCGGUUCUCAUCAACGGCCUGCCCCGGGACCUGCGCUGCUUCCGGAAGGUGUCCUGCUACAUCAUGCAGGACGACAUGCUGCUGCCCCACCUCACCGUGCAGGAGGCCAUGAUGGUAUCUGCACAUCUGAAGCUCCAGGAGAAGGAUGAAGGCAGAAGGGAGAUGGUCAAGGAGAUCCUGACGGCUCUGGGCUUGCUGUCUUGUGCCAACACGCGGACCGGAAGCCUCUCGGGUGGCCAGCGGAAGCGCCUGGCCAUCGCACUGGAGCUGGUGAACAACCCCCCCGUCAUGUUCUUCGAUGAGCCCACCAGCGGCCUGGACAGCGCCUCCUGCUUCCAGGUGGUCUCCCUGAUGAAAGGACUGGCUCAAGGGGGGAGGUCCAUCAUCUGCACCAUCCACCAGCCCAGCGCCAAGCUCUUCGAGCUAUUCGACCAGCUGUAUGUCCUUAGUCAAGGACAAUGUGUGUACCGGGGAAAAGUCUCAAAUCUUGUACCAUAUUUGAGAGAUUUAGGUCUGAACUGCCCAACCUACCACAACCCAGCUGAUUUUGUGAUGGAGGUGGCGUCUGGUGAAUAUGGCGAUCAGAACAGCCGCCUGGUGAGAGCCGUCCGGGAGGGCAUGUGCGACUCUGACUACAGGAGGGAGCCCGGGGGCGAUGCCGAGGUGACCCCUUUUCUUUGGCACCGGCCCUCUGAAGAGGUAAAGCAGGCAAAACGAUUGAAGGGGUUGAGAAAGGACUCCGCUUCCAUGGAAGGCUGUCACAGCUUCUCGGCCAGCUGCCUCACGCAGUUCUGCAUCCUCUUCAAAAGGACUUUCCUCAGCAUCAUGAGGGACUCGGUCCUGACGCACCUGCGGAUCACUUCCCACAUUGGGAUCGGCCUCCUCAUUGGCCUGCUCUACUUGGGGAUAGGGAACGAAGCCAAGAAGGUCUUGAGCAACUCCGGCUUCCUCUUCUUCUCCAUGCUGUUCCUCAUGUUCGCGGCCCUCAUGCCCACCGUCCUCACGUUUCCCCUGGAGAUGGGAGUCUUUCUUCGAGAACACCUGAAUUACUGGUACAGCCUGAAGGCUUACUACCUGGCCAAGACCAUGGCCGACGUCCCCUUCCAGAUCAUGUUCCCCGUGGCGUACUGCAGCAUCGUGUACUGGAUGACAUCGCAGCCGUCCGACGCCGUGCGUUUCGUCCUGUUUGCCGCGCUGGGCACCAUGACCUCGCUGGUGGCGCAGUCCCUGGGCCUGCUGAUCGGAGCUGCCUCCACGUCCCUGCAGGUGGCAACGUUCGUGGGCCCCGUGACGGCCAUCCCCGUCCUCCUCUUCUCGGGAUUCUUCGUCAGCUUCGACACCAUCCCGACUUAUCUGCAAUGGAUGUCCUAUAUCUCCUAUGUCAGGUACGGCUUUGAAGGCGUCAUCCUCUCCAUCUACGGCCUCGACCGAGAGGACCUGCACUGCGACAUCGACGAGACGUGCCACUUCCAGAAGUCGGAGGCCAUCCUGAGAGAACUGGACGUGGAGAAUGCCAAACUGUACCUGGACUUCAUCGUCCUGGGGGUUUUCUUCAUCUCCCUGCGCCUCAUCGCCUACUUUGUCCUGAGGUACAAAAUCCGGGCGGAGAGGUAAAGCAGUGGAAUGCCAGCAGAGAGGAAAACGAGACACUGUGGCCCAGGGCCACGUCUAGAAUCGUGGAGGCAAGCCUGUGCCACGGACACAGAGACCACGGUGACGCAACCCCUAGAAGCCACGUUUGGUUUCACGGGGGUCACGCAUUCAACUUCUCUGCCCAGCUGGGUUGGGUCUUCUGUCCAUUACCCUUUCUAGCUUUCACUAGGAAGAUGUAGGAAGGUUUUUUCUUUUUUUUUUUUUUUUACGUGAAGAAUUUUAAAAUACUGCAAGUAGGGCAGAAUUUAAAACUGCAGCAAAGCUGGUGACAAGAGGCUCCCUCAGUCUGUUCCUUCUGGUGACGCUGGUCCUGGAUGGAGCAUUCCAGCAGCUUCUCAGCUGAUCACUGUGCAGUUAGGCGUCGGGGCAGAAAGGCGAGGCGCAGCGUGAGUCCAUUUUAUGACUAUUGUUUUCCUAAUUUCAUCUUUCUACCUUUUGCCUCUUUUUCCAAGCCAGAUGUCGAUAGAUUUCAUUUGUUUUAAGAAACUGUAUCUUUUUAGUACUUGUUGAAGAAAAUUAUUCAGGGUAAAUAACAUGCUUUGUUUAGAGAUACGAGGAGUUUAACUUAAGCGCUGAGCUGGUCUCAUUCGGGGACAGGACCUGCGUGAGACACAGAUGCAGGCGCCGGGUGGAAGGAAGACUUUGGAACUGUAUGGGCUCGGUUGUACCUAAAUUUUAAAAAGUUACACAAAAACAUUGUAAGGUGUAAUCGGCCAAGUCUUUCAAAGUCUUCUAUUUUCCCCAUACUUCAUAUUUUAAGCAAAAUAUAUUGUUUCUUUUUUCCUAACUUUCUGAGCACCUUAAUUUUGCCUAAGAAAAAAUUCCAGAAGGUCAACCCUAUUGAUAUUUUACAAACAUUUCUCUUUCCUCGUCUGUCACAUCAGCUACCUCCAUGGGACCUGGGAAAGCCGGGCUUGGGGAAUUCCGGGUGGGGAUGUUGAGGGCUCCGCAGGUGCAGCAGGUGAGAGACGAGCCACCUGCAUGAGAGGGAAGGUGCUGAGACUUCGUUAGCAUCCAAGGACUUCGCAGGACACUGGCAAAGACCUCGUGCGUCCGAGGAGUUUGUAGCUCCGUCAAACAAUGCACCUAGAGCUGCGGGCGAGUCCAUCUCCCAGGUCCACGCGCCGUGGCGUCUCCGCUGCACCACCCUUUCACUGUUGGGCUUCUGUAGCGUUGAAGAACUGGACACUCCUUUCCCGUGACAUAAUCCUAUCAGUGAAAUCCCUCCAGAGCGGGCACGGUGGGCCCAUCUGCAGGGUGGACGGCCUUUGACUUCCCCACAGGGCGCCCUGAGCUUGUCAGCGGUCAGAGGCAGUGUGACUACAGGGUGGAAGGUGAUUCUGGCCACAGAAGGUCAUCUGAAGGAAAAUGGAACUGCUUUCCCCUCUGGAGUAUCAUUAUCCUGAAAUCGGGGUCUCCGAAGGAAGGACUGUAUUUUUGUGGGCAAACUCGUUAACCUCUCUGAGCCUCAGUGUGCUCCUCUGUAAAGAGUUGUCCUGGAUCGUCUUCAAGGCUGUGCUCAGCUCUGUAAAGCUCUGAGAUCCCUCAGUUGUGUUCUGGAAGCUCUUAUUUCCAACUUUAAGAGAAUGAGAGGAGGCCAUGUGUACGUGGAUUUGAUUUGCAAAUGCUUAGAGAUAUCCUUUUCACCCUUAGAUCCCUUUUAGUAAAUACAAUUGAGAUACAUUAAAAUGUAAUUUUAAGUUUGCUUAUUCUACGCAAAUGAGGCAUUGCCUUCCAGAUGAAGUUAUUUCACCAGGGUCACGCUUAGCCUUCAUAAAAGCCCUCAUUGAAUUUCAGGAUAGAUUUGCCUGCGAGACAGCACACAGACAGAGGAAGACCCACACAGGAACAGCCUGGUGCAGGUGUCGAAUCGGGAGAGGAGAGAGUCCUGGAUGGUGGCUGAGAACUAAGCAGGGGAGGUCAGCACUCAGAGGACUCCUUCCUGCCGGGUGUGUCCUUCCGGCUGUGGGCCUGUGACCCUAGGAAGGAGGUGUGGGCGGGAGCUGCAUUGUGUGGGGCCGCCCAUCUCCGCUCUCCACAGGCGGCUUCGUCUCAUUCAUGGAGCCCAGGGGGCUGCAUCUCAGCAAUUCUGGAAGGAAACAGUGAGAUUCCCUCAGAUUUCAAGUCUGGUUUCCAAGCACAUGGAAGCCCUCGGGAAGAAUAUUUUCCUAGGUUUCAUGCUCCCUGCAUUUCCAUCCUCCACUGUUAACAGAUUAUAUCCAUCCCUUAAUAGAGGGGGAACAGAUCAAGCUCCUCCCAAAGGGCAGAUCUUGGGGGACCUGAGGACUAUUGGGCUGUGAGAAGGGAAUCACAUGGGCAAAGGAACACAGCUAUUUUUUAAAGGAUGCUACCAGAGUGUAGCAAGUAUUCUGAAGUCCCCACCGCUGGAUAAUUUGCUUAGGAAGCACCCACAGCCAUGUGGAACACGGAUGCGUCAGUUCUCGAAUGCUCCCUUCAUCCCCCUUCAAGUGUCAACAAGUACCCCUCGCUCUCGCCUUCUCAUUAUUAACCCUUGGCAGCAUGUACUCAAAUGCUGCCAUUUGUUUUGGGGUAGUCUGAUAAAACAUCUUGUUCCAAUGGCCUAAGGUAACAUCCAAGCGACUUACUGACUUGUUUUCUACGUAGUUGUGGUUAAGAGGUAGGUGGUGAUAUGCUGUCCUUCCUACUGUGGAAUUUAAACCAGACCAACUUCCUGAAUCUAAUUCUUUUAAGUAAUUUCUGAUGGAAUGACUCAAAUAUUCUUUUCAUCUCUGAUAGUACUUCUUCACUUAGAAGGAAGGGUUAGACCUUGGAUAAAGGAUGCACAACCUCUCCAGUGCUAGUAGAGAGAAAAACGGAAGUGCGGAGAAAAUCACUUGUCAGUGAAACUUGUCGGGAGAGAAAGGGGAACGCGGUGGGUUCUGCCCGCCCCUCCCGCUCCGGCACAGCUUGAGGGCCUGGGUCUUUGCUGACAGCCCCAUCUCGGGACCCUUUCCCCCUCUCUGUCCUCAUUCAGAGCGUUUCAUGCUGCUGCUUCUCCUCCUCUCGUUGAACGUCAGCUACAGAAUUAAAUUCUUCAAAAGUUCCUGCCUGGAUGAAGUGGGAGGCUCUCCCCAAGAAGGGAGGAAACCCGUGUGAAUAUUUUACAUGGAAGAUGCUGCAGUCUGAUGAUGUCCCACCUUGGGGGAGGGGCCUUCAGGACCAGGAAAUGGGACAUGAGCUUUUAGGUCAAAACCCUUCCUAGAGACCCACAAAAAGGCCAUUUCUCACCCUGACAAAAGCACUGCCAGGAGGUCAGGGACAGGCUGUAUCCGUGAGGGGGACAUCACUGUGGUUGUUUCCCUGAGAAGAGAAAGCUCCAGGGCACUGAGCAUCUUUCCUGCGGAGUGGUCCAGGCCCUGCACUGGAUGCCUUACGAAUCCCUCUGUUCCUUCACUCACUCAGCACACAUUUAUCGACCCAUCCCCACGUGCGUGGUGCUGUCCCAGGCUCCAGGGCUCAGGGGCCAGAACUCAGCUGCAGACCUGCCCCCAGGGGGCCUCGCUGUAUUCAUCCUGCAGUUGCAGAACGCCCAGGCCAGGAGAGGGUCAGUAAGGGCCUGGGUCCCAGGGCCGGGAGAGAGCAGAGUUGGCAUUUGAGCCCCAGUCUGACCCAAAAGUCUCUCUUGUUUUUGCUUUGCCGUGUUGUCUCCUGUUCAUGCUGUACAAGCGUGCGUGAAAAUGCUUCGUCGGGUCUGAAGUGCAAUACUAGUUUAGGCGCUUUUCCUUCUGGACUUGCCAUCUCCAAGCAGAUAGCUGAGAUGGGAGGCUGGCCCGGCCCCCGCCCUCGAUGGCCCUGCAUAGGGGUGUGUGAGCUGGCCGGGGGGCUGAGCUCCCUCCCGGCUGGGUGCAGAGCCGCCUCCCUCUGCCCUUCCUAACGCAGCACACCUGUGGGUCAGCUGGGUCUAGACAGGGGGUGUGGGUGUGUGUGCACUCACUAGGACUAGAGAGGACAGGUGUGUGUGCGUGUGUGUACAUAUGUACACACGUGCACACGUGUAGGCUUGCUCCAGGUGUGUAUCUGAUGGCUCUUCUGUGGUGUCUCCUUUGUCUCUAAAUCCUCGCUUGUCCUUUACUCCAAGAAGGAAAGAAAAAAAUUCCCUCCCUUCACGCCUGUUGUGCAGACAAUGACAGUGUAGUCAGGCCUCAUGAAGGCUUUCGUCAGAUGUGGUAAAUUAGACUGUGACCAAAAGCAAAACAAAGCCGCCAAGGUGGGAGGUGCGGAGGGUGCGAAUUUGAGUUAGAUACUUUUAAGAAAUAAAGACUGCUAAUAAAGUAUUUUAUAUAAAACUUUUUACUUGUGUUCAGUGUAAAUGCUUCAAAAUGGGAAAUGAUUUGCUGGAAUCGUAUUAGGCAAAAGGGAUUUUUCAGUGGUAUUUUGAAAACAUUUGUCGUCCGUCUGGUAAGGGUUCUGCUUCUCCACGUCGUGUUCUGAUCUUACGCCCGACUGUAAAUUGUCACCUUUCUCUCUCCAAAACCUUCACGUUUUAGGUUGAACUGUCUUCGAGUUUUGUGUUUCCCCUCCAUUCUCGCGGACCCCUCGCCCACUUCCUCCUGCCUUGUUUGUAUUGGCCUUGGCCUUGAAAAGUGCCGAGGCCCCAGAUGCUCGUGGUCCACGAGGUCCCGUCAAGUCCUCUCCACCCUUGCGAUGGUCCCACGGACGUGGGCGCCCCGGGAGGUAGUUCCACCAGAAAGACACCCCUCGUUUGUUACUCUAGCAAUCUGGGAGACCCAUUUCUCAGGCCCCAGCCUCUCUAGGUCAGCUGCUACGCUAAAGCAUCACCUCCCCAGAGUCACAGUGAGCAGGACCCAGAAGGAGCCUGGAGUCCCGUGUUGCGUUGGCUCGCCAGCUCCCCAGACGGCCGCUGGUACACGUACACAGAGCCAGGACUUGCAAGGACAGCGGUAGGUGCUAGGCUGGGCUGUCAGACUGGCCUUCCCUCCCACCUGGGACACAGGGCAGAGAGCAAGGCUGGGCAAAGGCACAGAACCGAUGGCCCGCAGUCCUAAGUGACAGGGAGGGAGGAGUGGUGUGCACAAUCAGAGAGCACCCCAGGUGUGAGACAACCUCGUGACGGCAGUGCGUGCCGGCCCACCUGCUGCCUUCACUUCUCCUCUACACCUCUCUGCCUUUGCAGACCUGGCCUCCUUCAAUCCAGCUUACAUCAGGGUCCUGGUCCUUCUGGGCCUCUCACAUCAGGGACGUUCCUCUGAGAUAAUUGCCCUCUGCAAAGACAGGGGCUUCUGAUGACUGUGUUCAGGGCCCGCCUGGGACCAGAAGUGGGGAGUCCCACACCCCCAUUGCACAGUCUAAUUUUCAUGCUCGCAAGCUCAGUUCAGCCUGAACUUGAAAUCCAUGCCUCCUGGGCAGGAGCACAGUGUGAGCGAAGAUGACGCCCAGAUGCCCAUCCUUCUGCUGGGGGUAGCCUAGAUUUUCUGAUAACACUGUCUCUCCCUCCCCAUUCCUUAUUCCCAUCUUUGAGGAAACAGAAGAGUUUCGCCUUAGCCCAGUUUUUUAUGUUAUCUCUGAAUGUGCCAACUUGGAAUCAUUCCUCCAACAGACCAUUUAUAGCCCACUCCAGUGCGUCCUGUGCCAGCCAAGGAAACCUGCUGUGCAUUUACGGCCACCUAGUUGAUGAGUGAGGCAUGUGCGCACAGGUCAGGCUUACAGACCCUGAUGUCUGCUGUUCUCAGAAGUAGUCCCCCAGCAUCAAAAAGGGGGAAAUGAUCCAUGCACACUGGCUCCCAGUUCCCUCUGGGGCGAGUGAUUGUCAUUGGUGGGGCACCGCUUUGGGGCUUUUCCACGUUAUAAUGACCACUGUAAAGCUGAAGAGAAAGGAACAGAAGCACAAAACUGCCCUUGUUUUGUCACACACCCGGCUGAGCCUGCCGGCUGGGUCUGGGCUCCGCUUUCUGAGGGCUCACUGUGCCGUGGAGGCGGGGCCAGCUGUGGGGUUCCCACAGCUGGAUGGUUGAGCUCGCCCUGGCUGCUCCCCGUUCCCAGGAGAUAUCCCAUGGCCCCAGGACCAUGGGAGGUUCCCUGUGGAGUUUGUGGUUUUAGAGACAGCCUUUCAGCCCCCAAGCGGGAAUGUCACAUCUUGGGAAUGGCGUGAGCCCAAGCCACAGAAAAUUAAAAACAGCAAAACUCAAAAGGAUUACCUUCAGCGGAAGUUUCUCGCACCAUCCUCUGUUUGGACUGUCUGAAUAAACACGAGAGACCCCUGUUUGACCCCUUUGGCUUACACUUUGCACAUGAAUUCAGACGUGGCCCUGGGAGUGUGUACAGUUCGACAGCCUUUGGUAUGUUCCCUGAUGUUACUGAUUUGGGGGAACUUGUAAGCCACCCGCUCUUACUCCUCCUGGUGGGGGUCACACCUCACGUGCAGCAGGGGCCAAGGGCAGCUGGGACAGAUGCUGAGGCCCGGCUGGCAAGCCUCGGAGCCGUGAGGGGGGCCCCUCCCUUCUGGCCUGUGUGGCGGCCGCUUCUCGAGUCCCCCAGGCGGGUCUCCCUGAAGGAGAGCUGAGAAAGGCCUUGCUGCCAGCGCUGAGAGUGGACCAGUCUCCUUUCACGUCUGCCCGGAGGCUGGUCCAGCACCAGCCCCUUCCUCCCAGCGCAGCCCUGGAUCAGCACACGGAGCUUACCAGAAAGCAGUGUUUGUCGAGUGGGGCUGUGCUGGAACAGCAGGCUCAGCCGUCUCUGGGGGAGGAGCGACCAAAACUAUCCGCCCUCUUGGGGGGCCCUGAGUGCGCCCUGUCCUGCUUGGUCAAGUGGAUCAAGCCCUGAGGGGAAAGGCUGGAAACCAUGGGGUGUGCGGGGUUAGGGCUGAGCGCCCUGGACGUGUGGGUUCCCGGCGGUCCCAGGGGCAGCCCGCUCUGAAUGGUACGGAGGGACUGACUUUCUGACGGUGUUUCACUGGCCGUGGUAGCUCUUCUACUUUAUAACUUCAUGGGUUCUUUUUACAAUUCUGUCGUCAUGCACCUUGGGGGUCUCUUUUCCAUGACCUGUGGAUCACAGGCUGCCUGCGGCUUCAUUCUAAGUAUCUCAUUUUUAAGUUAUCGGCCGAUUAAAAAUUGUACCCCAAGGCUUUUUCACCCAAACUGCUAGUAAAGUGGACCACUAAGCCCGCAAUGGGUCUCCAUGUUUAUCGUCUUACGCUCCCCGUGGAAGCAGGUGACUGGAGACGGGCUUCUCAAUGGAACGUGGAUGUUUAAAAAAUUAAUAUCUGUCAGUGACCCCCUCACUCUGGUUUAUUCGUUUUUUCCUUUGUGGACAUAUUGGUGCAAUACCUGAUCAUAGCUGAACCUGUCAUGAAUCGUUGCCUUUUGUUUGAUGAGCAGCUACGUAAGAUUUCCCCUCUGUUAUCCCUUCCAAAGCAAGAGUCAAUGCAAGUAACAUUUCUAAUCAGCGUGCAAAUAUGUGCAUAGAUCUGUAUAUCUAAUAUGUAAUUAUAUAGUCCCAGAUUUUUAUAAUGCUGUAUGGUUAACUUCCUAUUGACUUAGCCAUGUUACUUUAGGAAAUGCUGUUGCUUGCACGCUGCAAGAGGUUUGCACUGUUGUAGAUAAAUACAACAUAUAUACAUACGUACAUAUAUAUAUAGAUAUAUAUAUUUAAAAAUAACUUCAGCUCUCUUGGGCACUUGUUUCCCUCCUUUGGAAUAUAGACCCGAGCAGACCCUCGGAUGUGAGCUUUCUACUCUCCCUUCCAUGGUCCCGCUCUGCGUAUUCCUGUGGAGUUAUCUCCUUAGAAGAUUUGUAUGUGCAGUUUUUGCAGACUUGAACUUUGUUUUCUGAAAUUAGAUGCCAUUUAUGAAUAUGUGACAUAAAUCAAAUAAAGCAUCAUUAUUUUCA